GGCAGAUAACAAUCCUUUAGCUGUCAUUUUCACUCCAUUUACAACAUGCCAUCCUCUAGAGAAGGAUAUCUUUGGACUCCCGCUGGUGAGACGAUUGGUCUCACCACGGAGGCUGUGGUCAAUGGUACGCCGUUGUCUGCAAUUCAUGACAGCUAUGAUGUCGUGGUAAUUGGCACUGGCUUUGCUGGCCUAAUUGCGGCGCGAGAUCUUAGCCGCAUUCAAAAUCUGAAGGUCCUCCUUCUCGAAGGUCGUGACCGCAUAGGCGGGAGAACAUGGACCGCUACAGCUCUUGGGGAGGAGUUCGAGAUGGGCGGGACUUGGGUGCAUUGGAACCAGCCUCAUCUCUAUUCCGAACUGCACCGUUACGGGCUUCACUCACACUUGAAAACGUCCGCCGGCACGAUUGAUGCCAAGAAGACGUUAUACACCGCCGCCUUCUCUAAAUCCCAAGAGCUGAAUGGAGAGGAUGUGAAUUCUGCUGUUCAGCGAGCAGCCGAUGCCUUCUUUUCCGUUGACGGCAUGACGAGCCGCGAUUUGAUGCCGUACCCACACGAGCCGUAUCGGCAGCCGGCGCCAUGGGUCAAAUACGAUAAUCUCUCUGCCAAAGACCGCCUUGACCAGCUCGACAUCCCCCAGAUAGAGAAAGACCUCUUUGACACAAUGAUUAGUAGCUUUGGAAGUGUUCCUGGUAGUGAGUGCGGUUUUACGGAGGUUUUGCGAUGGUACGCGCUCGGAAACCACACCAUGGCUGGCGUUUUUGAGCUCGCUGGAAUCUACAAGCUUGGAAAGGGAGGCAUGACCUCUUUUGCACGGGCUAUUCUCUCAGAUUAUCAUGGACACUUACUGUUCAAUACCGUGGUCGACACGUUUGAGCAGAAGGAUAAAUCUGUGGUCCUUUCCGCAAAGGACGGUCGCCAGAUCAGGGCCAGAUAUGUCAUUUCGACCAUUCCUCUAAAUUGUCUAUCGGAUGCCAAGUUCUCCCCGACAUUAUCCCCGCUUCGCCAGGAAGCGAUUGGGGCUGGCCACAUCAACCAAGGCGCAAAGAUCCACUUCCACCUCGCGCAGUCGGAACCAGGAUGGUUUUCCAUGGCUAGUGGGUACGGAAAGUCACCAUGGUGUUUCUCCUUCUCGGAUCACAACGGCACCGCGAAGAAGGAUGGAACUUACUGCAUUGGAUUUGGAUAUGGCUCGCAUCUCACUGAUCCACAAGCGAGCGGUGAGAUCAUCUCAACGUUCAAGGAAUAUAUAAAGCCAGACGCUGAAGUCAAGGCUUAUCUCACGCACGACUGGAUGAAUGAUGAACUCGCCAAGGGCACUUGGAGUUGCUGGGGCCCCAAUUCCAUGUCAAAGUGGUUGAAAGAGCUUCAGAAGCCAGACGGCAGGGUAUUCUUCGCAAGCGCGGACUGGGCAGAUGGAUGGAGGGGUUUUAUUGAUGGCGCAAUUGAAAGAGGUACCAUUGCUGGUAGAGAAGUCGAGCAAUUGCUUCACGCCGAGCAGCUAUCUGCGAAGCUCUGAGUGCGAUGAGAUAUCCUCUGGGGGUCAUUAAACAUCCUGCGGCCCCGGGGUGCGACCUGGCAGAUGUGAUUACAUAGCCUAUAGCCCUGUUAACCUGUUUGGAAUGAACUUCAUUU